AUGCAGGUCGGAGGAGGCGCGGCCGACAGCCCUGGCGCGGCGGCGGGCGCGGAGGCGCCGCGCCCGAGCCGCUACGAGUCGCAGAAGCGGCGGGACUGGCACACGUUCGGGCAGUACCUGCGCAACCACCGGCCGCCGCUGGAGCUGGCGCGGUGCAGCGGCGCGCACGUGCUGGAGUUCCUGCGCUACCUCGACCAGUUCGGCAAGACCAAGGUCCACGCGCCGGGGUGCCCCUUCUUCGGCCACCCGUCGCCGCCCGCGCCGUGCCCGUGCCCGCUGCGCCAGGCCUGGGGCAGCCUCGACGCGCUCGUCGGCCGCCUGCGCGCCGCCUUCGAGGAGCACGGCGGCCGGCCCGAGGCCAACCCCUUCGGCGCGCGCGCCGUGCGCCUCUACCUCCGCGAGGUCCGCGACAGCCAGGCCAAGGCGCGCGGCAUCGCCUACGAGAAGAAGCGCCGGAAGCGGCCGUCCGCUUCGUCCCAGUCGUCGCCGCAGGCUGCGACGACACCGCCGCCGCAGGCCGCCCCCGCCUCCUCGCCGGCCCUAUCUGACGCGGCGGCCGAGAGGACCGACGUGCGGGCGCACGUGCCGGACGCCGGGCACCCCCAUCACCUGCACCAGCACCAGCACCACUUCUUCAUGCCACACCCGCAGUUCCUGCACGGGUUCAGCCUGCUGCCGGGAAACCCCGAAGCGGUGGCUGGCAAUGGCAAUGGCAGCAGCAGCAGCAGCGCUAGCGUCGCUGCCGGCAGCGGGGACGAGAUAGCGCUGGCGAUGGCGGCGGCGGCGGAGGCGCACGCGGCGGGGUGCAUGCUGCCGCUGUCGGUGUUCAACUAG